AUGGUACAUCGUUCUAGUAUCCUGGAUGGAUACGUUCGUGGUCGAAUUCAUUUAAAACAACAAGAAAUUAACCAACAUUCACUAAAUACUAAUGUUAAAACCGUUAAAUAUAAUGAUCCAGUUAUUGAUUUUGUUAUUCGCUGGUCUUCUACUUACAAAAUGUUGAGUCGAUUUAUUAAAUUACGUUCAAUUGUAAAUGAUAUAACACAUACACCAGAUAAGAUUGCUGGUUUAAAGUCGGAACAACGUUUGAAAUUAUCUAAAUUAGCUUUCAGUCAUUCAGACUGGAGUUGCUUGACUGCAGUAGAAUAUGUUCUUCAACCUUUUGAAGAAUCAACACGUUUAUUAUCAGGUCGUUCAUAUCAAACUCUUGCAGUUGGCAAGAUAGUUAUGAUGGGUUUAAAACAUUUUUUAUCAACAUAUAAAUCUGAUGAACCAAUGGUAAAUUUUUUAAAACAACAUUUGUUAAAAAAAUAUGAAGAUCAUUGCGAACAAAUCAUAUAUAAGGAUGCAGAGAAAGCAAUGACCGUGAGUAAACAUUCAUGAAAAAAUAUUUCUCAUUGUAUUCUUCUAGAUUGCUUCAUUUUUAAAUCCUACAACGUGUUAUCAUUUAUGUGAUCAUGAACAAUUCAUCAGAACAGCAAAAAAAAAUGAUUGUUCUCAAAUCCAAAAACGAAAAAUCAAAAUUAAAUGAUGUAUCCAACUUAACUUCGAUUACAUCGUCUUUGUCAAAUGAUGUUAAAAAACCAUUAGUAGCAAUUGAAUCUUUUUUGGCUCACUGUGAAGCUUCUGCAUGUCAACAUUCAUCAUCUAAUUCGACCACGUAUUCGUUUACAAUCCAACAAGAAAUUGGAUAUUAUAUAUCAUCGAUCGAUAAGAAAACAGAAUUCAAAUAUUUUUGGAAAACAAACGAACAAAUUCUACCACAAUUAGCCAAUUUAGUUCGGAUUUAUUGUAUGAUGCUCAUCACUUCAGUAGCUAGUGAGAGUGCAUUUUCAGUAGCUGGUUAUGUUCAAAGAAAAAACCGUUCAACUCCAUCGCCAUCUACUUUACGUUUUUCGAUGCUACGACGUGAUUAUGAUAUAUGAUAUGUAAAUCCGAACUGAACCAUAAACAAAAAAAAACAUGUUUUCAAUCACGUAGUUUUGUGUAUUUGUGUUGUAUCAUCUUUUGUCAAAAUAAAUCAGCUCAAAAGAAACUAUAUAAAUAAUAAGAAAGCAACUUAUGUUACACUCGAUAAUCAGAUUAUCUCAGUAAAAGAUUUUAAACAAAGAAUUGCUAUGUUCCUAUUAUUUACAUGUGAUACUAAAAUGUCCAUAAACAUCUUGGUAUAACAUACAUUUAAUAUGAAAUUUUGCUGUUAUUCUUAGAGACAAAACAAAAAACUCUAAUUUAAUUUAUAUUUAUUUUAAAUGUAAAUUUCGAAAAUUUAAGCUUAUUUUAUGUAUAAAUUUUGUUGUAGCAAAAAUUUACAUUUAUUAAAUUUAAAUUUUUCAAAAUUUAUUUUCGGAUUUAAUAAAUUUGCGUAAAUAUAAAUAGGCCACCCCUAAGAAUCAUCAAUUAAAUAAAUCACAUAUUUGAUAAAGUAGAUUUUUAUAAAAUCGGUAGAUUAUUUCAAUGAUCAGAUAUAACAUAAAUUAGAUUUGUAAAUAAACUUACGUAUCAAUAAAUAUUAUCAAUUAACAGGACACUGAAGGGAAAGAUAUGUUACAGUAUGAUUGUUUUUUUUCCUUUUUCUCCUUAUCUGGUUGUGGCACCAAAAUCGGAACAUAUUGUAUUUUUCAAAUAUUACAGCGUAGAUAAAUCAAAUAAUCCGGUCAAACAUGGCAUUUUGAUGUAACCUAUGAAUUUUGCAUAUAGGAGACAUCAUUAAAAUAUUUUUUUAAAAAAGAGAUUAAUCUUAAAUGCAUAAAAAUGGUGUCAUCCCGUUCGUAGAUUGUAUAAGACGUAAAAUUACUAUGUAAUCCGAUAAUAUAAUUUUAUUUUGUUUAUAUUGUACGAUUAUCAAGUGACAUGAAAUUUUGAAUCUCUUUGUAUACAUUUUAAUAAAAUAUAUUGAUGAAUCCUUAUUUUAUAAGAGAGAAUAGCUUAUUGAUUUAAAAACUAAGUUUCAAUCAUACUAAAAAAGUUCCAACAUUGAUUAUAUCUUCUAACACAAAUCAAUAACAAGCAUUGUUUUUUUCUUGUAAUAUCAUUUGCUUUCUGGAGCAUACGUUUCGUACAUCUUAUGCUAUAUCUAUUCAUAAGUGUAUUCUGUAUCGCACAAACUAAAAGAUAAAUAUUAACGAUCGAAAAAUGAUAUAUAUGUUCGACAACAUGAAAAACGGUAAAGUUAUUUAUCAUAUUCAAAAACUUUUGGUAUGAAGCUUUUUAUGGUUUUUCAAGAAUAAAACAAAAAACAUAAUAUAAUAUAAUGUUUUAAUUUUAUAAUGUAGAUUAUGAAUGAUAGUGAUGACUUUCUUUAACCUCGUGCUCUAGUAUCAACACCCACACUUACCCUUUCUAUAAAUCAUGUUGAUUAUUUUAAUUAUAUUUAAAAAUAGUUUCAUCUAUAUUUAUUCUAUUUAAUAAGUAUAACAGAUUGAAAUUUAUCUUCUAUAUAUAACUAAUUUUUCUAUUGAAUCAAACAGAAAUUAUCUUUAACAUUUAUUUAUAGAAUUCUUUCAAAAGAAGAAAAAUAGAUUUUUUGUGUGGUUAAAGACUUUUUUGAUUCUAUUUGUUUAGCCAAUUUGAAGGAAAAUAUGACAGCGAAUAUCUAAAAAUUCAUAGAAUUAUAAAAUAAAUAUAAAUCAAUGAUACAAUAUAAUUACAUUAAGUAUGACAUAAAUAAUAUUGAUAAUAACACUGAUGACAAUCAAUAAUAAAAGAUUAUCCUUGAGAUUCUUUUUCUCAUGAAUCUAUCAGUUCGAUAUUCAUUCAUUCAUUUUGUUGAUAUUUUUGAUCCUUUAAACAAAUGAAAAAUCUACCACAAAAUAAUGCUAAGAACAUAAAUUUAUUGUCUACUAACUUUUUUUUAAUUCCAAAUCAGAGAUGAAUUAGUAUCACAUCAAUGUCAAACAUCAUUUAACCUAGAUUAUCUAACUCAAUGGUUUCAAUAAAUUAUUUUACAAAACAAAAGAAUUCAACUUAUUAUUUAUUAAAAUCAGCUUUAUGAAAAUUUUCUUUGAAAAACAAAAACAUACCAUACGUAAACUUUUUUCAUAAUAUCGAUAAGCGGCGAAUAUUCCAAAUCCGU